AAGUCCUGGCAGGAGCGUGAACAUUAAGCACCAGUUGCUGCUCUCCUGCCUCAACACACACAACUGUAAAGACUCGUCUACACCUCUUGGAGUGUGUAAACUGACUGCUGCUGCAUUUACACAUCAGAACAUCAGACACGGGAUGAUGGCUUCCUUAAUGUGCAAGACACUGACUUUAUUCGUCAUCUGCAUGGCUCUUCAAGAGGGUUGUGGAGUCCCUUUAUCAGUCCGGGCAGAGCUGCCAGCUCAGGCUCCGCAGCCACACCGCACGAGGACCAAACGCUGCUCCUGUAACAGCUGGGAUGAUAAAGAAUGCAUCUACUUCUGCCACCUUGAUAUUAUCUGGGUCAACACGCCAAGUAAACUCCUUCCUUAUGGUCUGGGAAGUCCCCUGUCUCGCCGCCGCCGUUCAGCAGACCGUUGCGAAUGCCUCAAUCCAGCGGACAAAACCUGCUCCGGCUUCUGCCAUAAAAGCUCAGAGAAUCCAAGGACUGAUGUCGUGGACCCACUGGUAGAAUCUACAAGCACAGACAGCAACAAAUUGCUGGCAUCUUUCAGAACUGUGGUCAAGUCCAACAUGGCGAUCGCAAAAGGUUUUCUGUCAACAAACGAGAACCCGGCCGGAGUCAACAGGCUGAGGAGCAGAACAAGGAGGUAGAGGACUGAGCAAACGCCAAAGGCGGUUCAACCUACACGGACCGGAGACUCCUCCAGCUGCCUUCAGUGCCAGCGCCGGCGUUCUGUAACAUGUCAAGACUCUUACCAACUCUGGGGACGCGGAGGUGGAAAGAUGGAAGGCAAAAGAGGCAGUGGAUCAAGCAUUUGAUCAACAAAACACUGGCAGCUCACCAAGACAGAAGCCCUACGGCAGGAGCUAUUUUGGGUGGAGACAUUUAGAGUCAUUUCUUGAACUCUCUUUGAACUUUUUUAAAUUAACAACAGUCUGUACAUGCCAAGGAAGGACCCAUAAAACUAAAAGACAUGGAAACUGAUGUCCGGCCUUUUGGGCAACCGCAUCAAGAAAGGUUACAAUGACUAAUCAGUCACUGAUCUGUCAACCUUUUCCUUUUCUAUGGACAAAGCUCUGCUGUGACUCCUCUGAAUGGACAGUUUUAAAUCCAAACUCACCUACACUGAGGCUCAUAGGAUCAAUACAUAUUGCAGAGCCAUAUCAACUCUGUAUUUAGUUGGGAAUUGUUUGUCAAUGUUUACUCAAAUGUCCUUGAAACUAAACUUCUGUCUUUGCCGACCCUUGGUUCAGUUUAAUAUUCCUCUGUAUCAGAGCUGGAAUCUGCUGUCCUGCCUAAUGUUUAGGGCAAAUUAUCAAAUAGCUUUUUAAUUAUCAGGCAGUACUUGAAAAUGGCAGCUUGUUCCCUCUUGGCACACAUUGCAUCAAUGAAAUGAAGGUCAUCUCUUUGGGAUUUAUCGAACAAACAAGUAGCUUUAUACAAAGUCCAUUGUCAGCUCCUCUACACACAUAUACAGUAUACUUUCUGCUAGCAUAACAACUACAAUAGGGCUAUUGUGUUGGCUUGAAUGUUUAUUGCUCCUGUUUAAUGUUUUGAUUGAAGAUAAGCCAAAAGGUUUUUGCCAAAAAAUGCAACAAUUGUUUUUCUCCCCCCGACUAAUAUUCAGUGAAUUCCUCUGUAAUUAGCCACUGGGAAAUUAUGACUCUCGACUUUUGUGCCAUGAAUCCAUUCACUCCAUCCGCCCUGUUUGACUGUUGUCAAGUCAUGGACACAUGGAAAGAUAAACCUUCAUUGUAACUCAGAAAAUAUGCAUCCUUAAAUAUCAUGCUGUAUACGACGGUUGCAGCUUUUUAAGUUUACUGUUAAAUGCCUAAUGAUAGCAACUAUUGUAAAUAGUACAAUUUAUUUAUUCUCUAACUUAUUCAGAGAUGUAUUUAUAUUUGUAUGAAUGAUGCACUGAAUUGUGUAUGAGAAAAUAAAAAUGCAAGACAAUAUUCUGUA